AUGACGGAACAGGGUAUCCGUGAACUUAAAUCCGACCUCGACAAAGCCUUACACGCCUUGGCGGAGAUCAAGGCCCUGAGCAUUCGUGCCCGUAACGAUAUGCAAACCUAUUCCAACAAGGCGCAGGAUUAUGAGCAAAAAGCCAUGCUCCUGUUACAACAGGCCCAAAAAGGUGAAAUGGACGCUGCUGAAGCGGACCGCCUGGCUACUGAGGCCCUCACUAAAAAAGAGGACAACCAGAAGAGCCACGCCCAAAGCAUGGCCGAUAAGCAGAAAUUUGACGGAAACAUUGCCACUAUGGAAUCCAACAUCAAGCGCCUGAAAAGCCAGAUCAGCCAGUACGAAAACGAAUUGCGUACGCUGAAGGCCCGCGUAAAAGUGGGAACCGCUACCAAGAACAUCAACAAGCAAAUGGCGCAGAUUGAUGGUUCAAGCACCGUUUCCAUGCUGGAGCGCAUGAAGGAAAAAGUGGCCCAGGAAGAAGCCCUGGCUGAGAGCUACGGUGAAAUUGCCAACGAGAGUAAAAGCCUGGACGAUGAGAUUGAUAAAGCUUUAGAAGGUGCACAACAAUCUAAAGCCAACGAUGAACUAGCUGCCCUGAAAAAGAAAAUGGGCUUAUCCGAGUUCAUUGACCUGAUCUUUAGCGGAGCCAAUGUCGUACCCACGGCAUUGCUCCUCUUCACCCUCCUCUACUGGAUCAUCGUGAUCUUUGGCCUGGUGGGCACCGACUUCCUGGAUAUUGACCUGGAUGCAGACGGUGAUGCCGACCUGGAUGCCGAUGCAGGAGGUGGAGACGGCAGCAGCGCUGAUGUUUCCUGGCUCAACAACGCCCUCACCUUUUUCAACCUCGGCAAGAUCCCCCUGAUGAUAUGGCUCAGUUUUGUAGCCUUCCCUCUCUGGAUCAUUUGCAUCAACGUGAACGCCCUCCUCGGCAUUCACAACUUUUUCCUCGGGCUCAUAGUGCUUUUACCGGCACUCUUGGCAAGCCUCUUCAUCGCCAAGUUCCUCACCUGGCCUUUUGUAAAGUUCUUUCAGAAGAUAGAUGAAGACUCUAAAGAAAAAGACAUCGUUGGCCAAGUGGGCAUUGUAACCCUCUCCGCCAAUCACAGCAGCAAAGGACAGGCUGAAGUAAACUACAGUGGAACACACCUGCGGUUCUACAUCAUUACCCGCGAGGGAAUAGACGUACAAAAGGGACAAUCCGUGCUCUUUGUACAACGUAUGGGCAACCAGGGCAUCUACCUGGUGGCCUCGCAAGGCCAGGCUUUGGUGCGCACCGGUGUGGGUGGCAUCAAGGUAUCUUUUAACGGCAUGGUGGUGAUACCCGUGCUGCACAAACUGGAGAUCAUGGAUAUCUCCCUGAGCACCAUAACCAUAGAACGUGACGGCAAGGACGGCCUAGUGUGUAAGGACAACUUACGGGCCGAUAUUAAAGUAGCCUUCUUUGUUCGUGUAAACGAGAUGGUGGAAGACGUGAAAAAAGUAGCCCAGUCCGUGGGUUGCGCCCGCGCUUCCUCCAAAGAAGCCCUGCGCCUGCUCUUUGAUGCCAAGUUUUCAGAAGCCCUGAAAACGGUGGGUAAGAAGUUUGACUUUGUAGAUCUCUACAACCAGCGCGAUGAAUUCCGCAAGGAGAUCAUCGAGAUCAUCGGUACCGACCUCAACGGUUACGUACUGGAUGAUGCCGCCAUCGACUUCCUGGAGCAAACCCCACUCAAUUCUCUCGACCCCAGCAACAUCCUGGAUGCCGAGGGUAUCAAGAAGAUCACCGAGAUCACCGCCCGCGAAGCGGUAAAAGCCAACUUCAUCCAGCGCGAUAAGGAAAAGACCAUCAAGCAACAGGAUGUGGAAGCCCGCGAGGCCAUCCUGGUACUGGAAAAACAACUGGCCGAAACCGAAGAAAAGCAGAAACGCGAAGUAGCCAAUAUUAAAUCGCGCGAAGAAGCUGAGAUUCGCAAGGUAGCCGAAGAAGAACGCCUGAAAUCUGAAAAGGCCCGUAUUGCCACCGAUGAGGAAGUGCAGGUGGCCGAAGAGAACAAGCUGCGCCAGGUGAUCGUGGCCGCCAAGAACAAGGAGCGUACCGAAGCCGUGGAAAACGAACGCGUGGAGAAAGACCGUGCCCUGGAAGCCACUGAGCGCGAGCGCAUCGUGACCCUUACCCAAAUCGAGAAAGAAAAAGCGGUAGAAGCAGAGAAGAAAAACAUACAAGAGGUGAUCCGUGAGCGCGUGGCCAUUGAGAAAACCGUGGUAGAUGAAGAAGAGCGUAUCAAAGACACCCGCGCCUUUGCCGAAGCCGAUCGUUUGAAGAAAGUAGCCGUCACCAAAGCUGAGGAAGAUGCUGAAUCUGCCCUGGUGCAGGAGAUCAAGAAAGCCGAAGCCGCGCAACAAGCUGCUGAAUUCCUCGCUAAGCAAAAAAUCAUUGAUGCCGAUGCGGAGCAGAAAUCCUCUAUUCAAAAGGCCGAAGCCGUAAAAGUACUGGCCGAAGCCGAAGCCGCCCGCUUUGCUUCUUCCGGACUGGCGGAAGCCAAAGUGAUGGAAGCCAAAGCCGAAGCCCGCGAGAAACAAGGGGAAGCCGAAGCCUCCGUAGUGGAAGACCAGGCCAUAGCCGAAGCCCGCGGUAUAGAAGCCAAAUCACUGGCCCAGGCCGAAGCCGAUCUACGCAUUGGCAAUGCCGCUGCCGAAGUGGAUAAAGCCAAAGGUCUGGCCGAAGCGGAAGUGAUCCGCAAAAAAGCCGAUGCCGAACUGGAGAAAGGUUUGGCCGAAGCCAAGGUGAAUUACGAAAAAGCCAAUGCCGAAGCCGAGGGUAUCGACAAGAAGGCAGCCGCCAUGAAGAACUACAACGAUGCCGGUAAGGAGCACGAAGAGUUCAAGCUGCGCCUGAGUAAAGACAAGGAGAUCGAGCUCGCGCAGAUCAACAUCCAGAAGGCCAUAGCCGAUGCCCAGGCCGAUGUGUUGGGCACCGCCCUCAAGUCCGCCAAGAUCGAUAUUGUAGGUGGUGAGAACGUCUUCUUCGACAAGAUCGUAGGCGCCAUCAGCAACGGUAAAGCCUUUGACCGCACGGUGAACAACAGCCAGAUCUUCUCCAAAGUACGGACCCAACUGCUGGAUGACCCUAACCAAUCGCUGGUACAGCAGAUCCGCGGUUUCAUCAAGGAUGUCGAUGUGGAUAGCGAGGACAUCAAAAACCUCUCGGUAACCGCCCUGAUCGUGAAGAUCAUGAACCAGACCAAUGACCCGGAUAAGAAAGGCAUGCUGCAACAGUUGCUGGACCUGGCCCGUGGCUCCGGUUUCGGUGACCGCUCUGCGGAAGACUUAGGUCUGAUUGAAUAA